AUGGCUACCUCAAUCAUCCGUGUUGUAUCAUUCUUGUUGUUCAUCUCAUCAGCACUCUGUUUCACACCCUGUCCACUCCUCGGCCCAGCAUUCCCCCCAUUUACCCUAAACACAACCGACAAAAGGAUCACAGCAGCCCUAACGAAGCUCACCCAGGAGUUUGAUACCUUAAUCAAUACCACAACAGGCUCACAUGGGGACAUUUCGCCAAAUACAACAUUCAGUAUUACCCUAUUCUCGUCCGACAAUUGGAACGCCGAAGACGAGCCUUUCCUCUGGCAAUAUCACCACACAUCACAUGCAUUGAGCCAGCCAACAGUUGGGUCUCAGACUGCAGAUCACGAUAGCAUCUAUCGUAUAGGUGGUCUUACGGAGAUAUUCACUGUGUGGAGUCUUCUCCUUGCAGAAGAUGGAGGUCGGAUCUUGAAUGAUCCUGUUACGAAGUAUCUCCCAGAACUGCUUGAUGGUACAGGUGAUCAAGACGAUCAAGAUGCCAUUGAGUAUGUCCAAUGGGAAGAUGUUACUGUUGGCCAACUUGCUAGUCAUAUGUCAGGCAUUGCUCGAGACUACUUCAUCCGAUACAUAGCCGACGAAACACCCGUGGCCCAAGCAGGGGUAACACCCAGCUAUUCCAACAUGGCAUUCCAACAAUUAGGCUACAUAGUAGAAAGACAAACAGGAAAGCCAUUCAGCGAGAUCCUCCUGCAACAAAUUCUAACGCCACUCAACAUGACGGAAACCACCAUCUUCGCGCCCAGUAAUUCGUCAAAAGGGAUCAUACCAGUAAGCAAAGAAGCCAGUAGCUGGUCAACCCACCACACCAGCAACGAAGCCAGCCCAAGAGACCUCUCAAAAGCCGGAAAAGCAAUCCUAUCAUCAACCCUCCUCCCAAACCCCCAGACAAAUACCUGGCUAAAACCAGUUUCACAUACCUCAAACCCAGCAAACUCCCUCGGUGCCCCGUGGAUAAUCUACAGCGCAGGAAACUACCCCAACACAUCAAUGGUAGACAUCUACACCGUCCUCAGCAACGAAAGUCCCAGCGAAAGCCUUUACAGCUCUUACCUGGGUCUCGUGCCCAGUUUUGGCGUUGGGUUUGCGAUUUUAUCGGCUGAUACUAGAAAAUCAGCUGAUCUGAAUGCUCACGCGGAUCUUAUAGGGGAUGUUGUAUUGGGGGCUUUGAUGGGUGUUGCUGCUGAGCAGGCUUUGAGUAAUUUCGGUGGUGUUUAUGAGUAUAAGGGGGCUAGUGUUGGUGCAGGGCUCAAUUCUUCGAUUGUGGUUGGGGUUGAUGAAUUGCCUGGAUUGUAUAUCCGGGAGUUUAUCAGUAAUGGCACUGAUUUCAGGGGUACUUUGGCUGGUAUUCUGGGUGUUUCUCUUCCGGCUGAUUUGAGUAUCAGGUUGUAUCCUGUGCAGCUGGUUGAAAAGUUUGGGUCUGGGUCGAGGAUGGCGUUUAAGGCUGUUUUUCAGGAUAUGACUGAGUUGGCGGAUGCUGGGACUCCUACUUGUGUGUCUUGGUUGAACUUGGAUAAGUUGCGGUAUGAGGGUAGGGGGUUGGAUGAGUUUGUAUUUGAGUCGGAUUCCAAGGGGAGGGCUAUUGGUGUUGAGAUUCCUGCUUUGCAGGUCACACUCGAAAUGAGGUAG